AUGGCCGGCGGUGCUAACGCGGGGCCAGAGGCUGGCGGACCCGAGUCGGCGGAUGAAGCCGAGCCUGCGGUCGGCUACUUGGAUCUGAUGAAGGAGUUCACGAGCGUCGUGGUACGCAACAGACCGACCGACGUGGUCACCUUCGCCACGGACUACUUCAAUCGGCUGCAGGACAAGACGAGCCGAGGCGAGGAGGCGGAGGCCUCGUGCAGUCGGUCGGGCAGUCCGAACCCGGCCGGCAACGCGGAGUUCCGCCUCGAAGAGAGCGCCCGAGGGGGGCAGGAGGGCGAAAACGACGACCUCUUGGACCAGACCUCGCUUGAGGAGAUGAUGAUGCUGGUCGGUCGGCGGCGGCCGAGCGUGGCCGCAGAGCCCUUCAACCCUGAGGAGGCGGACGAGGAUGCUGAUGAUUCUGAUGUUGAUGAUGACGAAGAGGAGGAGGAGGAGGAGGAGGAGGAGAAUUCAAGAAUGGCGAGAACGAGGCGAAAGAAGAAGACGCCGGAGCAGCGGGAGUUGCUACGCCGAAUCUGCCAAGGCAGUCUGAUAUUCCGGGAACUGGACGAGGAGCAGAUGAGCCGAGUCACGAACUGCAUGUUCGAGCGCCGCGUCGAGGCCGGCGAGACCGUGAUUGCUCAGGGCGAAGAGGGCGACAACUUUUAUGUCAUCGAGUCGGGCGAGUUCGACGUCUACCUGCAGGAGGGCGGCAGCGGGCCGCGGAAACUGAUCGCCAACUAUCGCGACUCGGGCUGUUUCGGUGAGCUCGCGUUGAUGUACAACGCGCCACGCUCGGCCACGGUGGUGGCUCGCACCAUCGGUCGUCUGUGGUGCAUGUCGCGGCCGGCGUUUCGCCGACGCGUCCUCCUCCACGCUGCGCAACGCCGCGCGGAAUUCAUCGCUCUGCUGCACUCGGUCUCGUUGCUGCGCGGCACCAGUCAGUACGAGAAGAUGUGUCUGGCGGACGCGCUCUCCUGGCGCAUCUGCUCGGACGGCGAACAGAUUGUGCAACAGGGCGAGACGGGAAAGGAGUGCUUCUUCAUCUUCUCCGGCCAAGUGCGCAUUGUACUGGAGGAGAAUGAAGAUGAGGCGGUGACAACGGCGACAGCG